CUUGGUUUUACUCUUGGCAACGUGGUUGGGAUGUAUCUGGCUCAGAACUAUGAUAUUCCUAACAUUGCAAAGAAGUUUGAAGAUUUUAAGAAGGAUGUGGAAGCAAAGAAGAAGCCUCCCAGUGACAAGUCUUAAGACAGCAGUGUUACCCAGGUCACCUUUGUGUAUGCAUCAAGGAUGCAAUUUACCUUCCGGGCAGCAGCGAUCAAGUAGAGGUUUGGCAUGGGAGGUUCCUCCACUUUUAGUCUACCAGAACUGGAAUGUCCUUCUUUUGAAAGAGCAGCCAUGAACUUUUCCUAGGACUGAUUUUCAAGGGUUUCAGAAUUUGGAUUUGCAGCUGAAAUGUGACUAGAUGAGAUCGUUUGUAUUUUUCGUUAUUGCUUUUCCUAAUAUUUUGUAACCCAUUUUUACCUGAUCCAGCUGGAGUCCUGUUAGUCCUGUUACUAUGCAUACCUCACACUUUGUGAUACCCUAGUUCUUGGAACAUCGCAAAAGAAAUUAAAUGCAUCAAGAAGUAA